AGGGACAGUGAUCAACUUGUAAACAUUGCAGUUUCCAGAUGUAUAAGUCGAUGCAUGAUGGACUAUUAGGUUAUAAAUAAUUGUUGAUAUGUAUAAUGCUGGACCAAAGUGAUGAUUGCCGAGUCCACAUGUUUAUUACCAUACAAGGUACUUCACAGAGUUUCUCCUGGUCAGCUUUACUUUCUGAGGUUAUAAAUAAUUGUUGAUAUGUAUAAUGCUGGACCAAAGUGAUGAUUGCCGAGUCCACAUGUUUAUUACCAUACAAGGUACUUCACAGAGUUUCUCCUGGUCAGCUUUACUUUCUGAGGAAGUGUUCAUUUCUGGAAUCACAAACUCAUUACCAGAUUCUGGGUGUAGAUCAAAGGGCGGAUAACAAAGAAAUAAGGCAAGCUUACAUCGCAAAAUGUAAAAAGUUUCAUCCAGAUGCCAAUCCGGGUGACUCCCAAGCUCAGCAGAAGUUUAUCCGUUUACAGGAAGCCUACCGUGUACUGAGUAACCCCUCGGAAAGGGUCAGCUACGACAUCCACUUCUACACCCAAACAAAACACAGGACAUCUACCAAUCAAAGACGUCAUCACAGGAAGCACUGGGCAAGGAGUAGAACCGAGGAUGUCCACGGACAAUGGACAAACCACACCAGACAACAGGAGGAUAUGUAUGGUCAGUGGGCUGGACAGCAGAGAAAGUAUGAGGAGUGGAUCAAAGAGAACAAAAGUAGACAGAAUUCAAACCAAGAACACAGAGAAUAUUAUAACGAGGCCCACUACCAUCAGAAGUACUACGACAUGCUGGGUCCCUUUGGUUGUCUUGUGGACUCUUUCUUUGGGAACAAAGACUCAAAGCAGGCAUCAUUUCAUGACAUUUUCUUGUUGUUUACGUUGAUUAAUAUUUUCACCAUCUUGGGAUGUGCUUCUGGGAUAUACCUGAUUAAGGAUAUCACAGAAAGUGCCAGGAAAUGGCAACAAGUGAAGAAAUAACAACUCCUGAUAGCUGUGGUGUGGCUGUGAGUGGCAGUCUACAUAUUUAAUGAUGGAGGAUGGAAUACUCUUUCCUUUCACUUGAAUCUGGUAAUAUACUUUAUACAAGAACACUAUACUUUGACAGUAUGCAUGUGUUGUGUGCUAAAGAAGGCACAUAAGGCUUUUGUAUACAAGUGUAUGAAGCAUAAUGAACACUGACUUUCUAACAAUCAUACUAUGCAAAAUUUUUAAAGAAUGUAAAUUUUUAUAUACAGUGUAGUUUUAACAGUAAUCUUUCAAUGUUAUGCAUUUUUGUAAAAUUAUUCUUAUGUUUGUUAAGUUUUU